AUGACUGAACCCCGCCACCAAACACCAGCACCUAUGUACAGCGAAGAUCCCGAACCAGUCUACCAAACACCUAUCGUACACCCAGCCCCAAUCCACGCUAUGCAUACCGGAGCCCCAGUAAGCCCAUCCUCAGAGACAAACACGUACCAAAGCCAGAGUCAGAGCCAAAGCCAGAGCCACUCGAUCCCAGACACUCUGCAUGGCCCAACUCCAAUCAAUGGUCCUUCAGAGAAACAAUACCCACACCAGCCCGACUCCAUCGGCCAAGCUCCCGACUAUAACACCGUAACGGGUUCCCACGAAAAGGCAUACGCUGGGCAACCCUUGCCCCAGCAGGGCCCGCCUCAGCCGAACCAGUACUACACGCCCUACGGCCAUCCCAGUGGGUAUGCGACUGCCGUUCCGCUGCAUGGUGUUCAGUCUGCGCCUUGUCCGGUUGAUUGUCCUGUUUGCGGGGAGCGGGAGAUGACUCGUAUUGAGUCGAUUUCUGGGGGGACUACACAUGGGUGGGCGGCUGUUCUUUGCUUCUGCUGCUGUCUUGGGUGUAUCCCUUACUUGAUGUCUUCGCUUAAGGAUGUUGAGCAUUCUUGUGGGAAGUGUAAUGCCAAGCUCGCUGUUUGGCAUAACAGUGGGCGUGUCCAGGUUCUGCAAAACGGGAAGAGGAAAUAG